ACGUCAAUUUCAUAGAGAAGUCGACAACAACAAAAACAAUGAAAAUUAAACAGAAAAUUACUCGAUUUUAAAUCAAAAUUAAAAUGGAAGUGUUUAGGUCCGAAACAUAUUACAUAUUUGUUCGAAAUGAAUCUAGUCUCUGGUGGAAUCGGGUAACUGGUGCGUUUUCCGUCCGUUCAGCAUGGGAUCUUUCUGAUAUAGAAGAUAUAGAAUGCUUAGGUAUAACAGAGGGCAUCAUAGGAAAAGUAGAACAUUCCAAUGUUUAUGAACCACGUCUUAUGAUAAUAAAAGAAUCUGUACCAGUUGGCCAAAUUUAUUUCCACCAUACUAUUUAUAAAAUUAAAUCAAUAUGUUUUCUGAACAUGGGUAUGACAAAUCAAGAACUAGAACUAUGUCCAUGCACAAAACACGGUUCGUCAUCAUCUGUAAAUUCAAAUAGAUCCAGUAACAGAAAAAUGGGUGCAAGGUUAUUUGAAAAUUCUGUAUUUUUGAAUAAAACUGUUGGGGCUGUUAAAAAUGUUAGCAAUACAAUAAAAACAACUACUCAACAAGCUGCUACUCAGGUAAAGCAAACUGUGAAGAAACAGAGAGAUGUGAAAUUGGAUGACAAAUUUGAGAAGAGGCUUACAGAUGAACUACAUAAGAUUUUUGAUGAUUCUGACAGUUUCUAUUAUUGUAGAACAUUAGAUUUGACAAACAGUCUACAAAGGCAAUAUGAGAUAGAGAAAAUUCUUGAAACAGAGGAAAAUGUGUGUAAACCCAUCACAGAUUUAACUAGAUGGUGGAAGUAUGUUGAUGAUAGAUUCUUUUGGAAUAAAUAUAUGUUGAAGGAUAUCAUAGCAUUGGAGAGCCCUGCCUGUGAUGAAUGGGUGCUACCAAUAAUUCAAGGAUACAUACACCUAUCUCAAAUAGCCUGUGAGCCCGCAGAUGUUAAUCCACUGAAUACAGAGUCCCUAUCUAGUAAUAACACUUCCGAUGAUACUUUCACCCUUGGUCUUAUAUCAAGAAGAUCUAGAUAUCAGGCUGGAACCAGAUACAAUCGUAGAGGGAUAGAGCCAAGUGGUAAAGUAGCCAACUAUGUAGAGACAGAGCAAAUUGUAUCACUUGUUUGCUCUGACAGCAUACAUCGAGCUUCGUUUGUACAGGUCCGCGGAUCCGUGCCAAUAUUCUGGAGUCAGCCAGAAUACAAGUUCAGACCACCGCCUCGGCUUGAUAGAACGGAAGAAGAGUCACACCAAGCCUUCAAGAAACACUUCGAAGACGAACUAAAUAUUUACAAGCAAGUGUGUAUCGUGAACCUGGUAGAACAGCAAGGCAGAGAGAAGAUUAUAUGGGAGACGUAUGGAAACCACGUGUUAAAAUAUAAUAGCCCCGAUAUUAUUUACGCUACAUUUGAUUUUCAUGAAUAUUGUCGCGGUAUGCACUAUGAAAACGUCAGUAUACUGAUUAAUGCUAUCGCAGACGUCAUAGAUGAGAUGCGAUUCUGUUGGCGCGACGACCGCGGUCUCAUUUGCGGCCAAAAUGGCGUCUUUCGUGUGAAUUGCAUCGAUUGUCUCGAUCGCACUAACGUUGUACAGACUGCAAUUGCAAAGCUGGUGUUAGAGCUUCAGCUGCGUCGCCUUGGCUUAGGCGGUGGUGGUCUCCCGCCCGCUCUACGACAGGCUUUCUUGUCUAUGUGGGCAGACAGCGGUGAUGUCAUCUCACGGCAAUACGCUGGGACUAAGGCUCUGAAGGGAGAUUACACCCGAACGGGCGAGAGAAAGCUUACGGGUAUGAUGAAAGAUGGCGUUGCUUCAGCAAAUAGAUACUACUUGUCAACGUUCAAAGACGCGUUGCGUCAAGUGGCAAUAGAUGUGAUGACGGGGGAGUCCCGCUCGAUCCCCGAACAACUGAUUGUGCCCUGUAAUAAGUGCACUAGUACCGGCAUCAAGCUUGAUGUGUUUAAUUUGGAACAACCAGCUCCUAGUACAGAAGCGAUGGCCCAGCACGUGAAGUCACUGAUUGACGAUUGCAAGAAACUUCUCGUCGAUACGGAACCGGUUUUGGGCUCGUGGGGGCUUAUUGAUGCCGAUCCACAUACGGGUGAUCCCCACGAGACAGAGAUGGAUAGUGUGUUGGUACUGACGAGCGAAGCGUAUUACGUCACUGAUUACGAUGAGACGUCUGACCGGCUGCUAUCGGUACAGAGGGUUGCAUUGGGUGACGUCACGGCUGUGGAACUGGGGACACUGGACACAAAUUCUACAAUAUUUAGCGUAGGCCGCAAAAGUACCACCGAGCCGGUCCACUGUAUUCGUAUUAAUUACGUUUAUAAUACGGAAGCCGGCUAUUUCCACAUGUUCCGAUCGACAACAUUACGAUUCUUCAAUAAUAUGGCCAUCGUUAUCAACACUAAGGAUGAAAUGAUAGAAUCGCUACACUCGAUCUGUGAGUCCAUAAUGGUAGCUCGCGACAUCGCUAAAUUGCCUCCAAUAACCUUCCACGAUGGCAUCAAAUUGGAAAGGAGAAAGUCAAAGGUCCAUCCAAGUCAAGGUGGUGUAGGUCGGUCUUCUCUUUACGUCGAUCUGUCACGGCUUCCCACUCUCACCAGGAAUGUAAGCGAGACGCAGCUAGUCGCUGAUAUACGGAGUGUUGGUUCAAAAGCUCUUACAAACAUGACGGAGCAAUUCAGUAAACUUAACAAAUUAAGUCAUACGCUCAACGCUAGAGCGCGCCCCAGUCUACAACUUAAAUUCGAUCAAAGUGCCGCGAGAACACGAAAAAUGUUCACAUUAGGAAACAAAGCGGAUAACAAGAAAAAAGGCAGCCUCUCAGACGGAAUGAGCUCGGACUACUCUAGCGAUGACGAAAAUAGAACAAAUAUCUUCGAGCCGACCUUGGACAACUUCGAAAACAUGCAACAUUACAUAGGAGAUCAACAGAAAAAAGAUGACGAUUGUGAGUUAAUCGAAAAUCCACUUUACUCCUCCAAAAUUGAACCGCACGAAGAACCAUCUACCUCCACUCCAACGGAAAAGCCAGCAUCAACUCCACAGCCACAGAAAACGAACCCCUUCGAUUUAGAAUCGACCCCACAAAUUCAUAUCGACUCGGACUUCAAACCACUUCCGCCGAACUCUUUGUUGCUAUCCCAGAAAUUGUCGCAAAGCUCAAGUCACAUUUUCGACGAUUCUACGCCCGAGGGGGUCAAUUAUCACGUGAGGUCCAACUCGCAGCAUGAGAUAACGCUGAAUAUUGCUACGUCUCAUAGUGAGAGCGCAUUACGGCAGCUCAGAAAUAUCGCCAGUCCGGUGUCGAGUGCUCGUGAUAUGGUUUUAUCGCCGCUGUCAAAGUUAGCUAAAGGGGUUCAAACUCUCGGCGCCAACUUGGAUCCAAGGAAAAUUAAGGGUACAGCCGCAGUGAAACAAAUAAGUGAAGCUCAAUAUGAAGAACAUAAAAAAUUGCAAGAGAAAUGGCAAGGCUGUAGCACUCGACUUGUUGCUCUCUAAGUAUUGCCAGUUAAUUGAAUUUACCGAAAUUAAUAUUUUGAAAAGGAUAAUUGUAUUAUGAAGUUACAAUAAUUGAUUUUAAAACCAUUCCGACAUUUUGAAUUGUUUCAACAACCUGACUAAAUCCCGUGUUCUAGAACGUCAAUGAAACUUAAAUCUAGUUACUAGAGUUGUCAAACCAUUUUUUAUGCAUGAAGUUAUUUGACACUUGACGCUCAAGAUGAGAUUAUGACUUGAGAUACAAAUAAGAAUAUGGAUAUUCGGUCUCAGUUGAAAAUUUAUAUUAAAAUCUGUGAAAUUGUAGUAUUGCAUGAUAGCAUUAAAAAAAAUAUUCAAUAGCUUUAUUUUUACUAAAGAUUCAGUAACAUUGAUACAAAUAUUGCAGUACAAUAUCCAUUUUAAUUAUUUAAUACAUAUUUUUAAUAAAGUAUUUAGCUUCCCAAAUAUAUUAUACCCGCCUGAAUGUGAAAACGAUAGUUCAAUUUUAGACGAAGCUUAGUAAAGCUGAUUUGCAGGGUUAUGUAGAUUAGAUUGUGUGUACUUGUACGAAUUUAGAUACUAGAGGCUGUUCGUAUGGGAAAAGGUAUAACUGUCGUUAGAAUAACCUGUCUAAAAAUUGACCUAACCUUUUAAAUUUACUAAGUGAUAUCUAUGACAGGUAUAGAUAUAGAACAGUGUUGCCAUGUUCAAUCUUGCCAAUUUAUUUGUAUGUAUGCUAACAAAUCGUUCCAAUUAUAAACGCACCAUAGAUGCGAAAAUAAAAGUUUAUGUUCUGUUUUAAUGACUAUAGAAUGUUUUGUUGUUGUCACCGUUUGUGGUGGAGCAAAUGUAACAAAACAAAUGAGGAUUUCUAAAUUUGACCUAUUGAUACUAAUCUUAAAUUAAUUAUGGUAUAUACAGUCGUGGUCAACUAAUUAGGGACAUGCAAGAUAGUGAAGAACAAUAACCGGUUAUGUACAUACAAAUAUAAAACCCUAUUGAUUUCUCAGUAACUAUUAUUUGCAUAAUUUGGUCCGAUUAUUAUGCUUUAAAUGGCUGUAAAUAAAAGAUUAAAUAAGUAGAAAAAAGUAUUUAAUAUCAAAGGUUGAAUAUGUAUUCAAUUUUAAGGUAUAAUUCUGUAGCUGGACAUUUAAUUAAGGACAGUAAACUAUAAUGAAAAAUAGAGUUAAACAAAACUAAUAAUCUGCAGUAGUAUAAUAUCUUUAACAGCUCCAUUUUAUUACGUGUAAAAUCAGUACCCAGUAGCAAAACCUUUGUUAGUAAUUACCGCUUGAGUAAUUACCUACAAUAAGUGGCUACUUUUUUCUUGAUUUCGUGCCAAAGGUGCUCGAUUGGGUUAAGGUCCGGGCUAUUUGCUGGCCAAUCUAGCACCGAUACUGACUGACUGGUAAGAAACGACUUGACUGAACGGGCGGUAUGUUUCGGGUCGUUAUCAUGCUGAAACGUCCAUAUAAUAGGGAGAUGCUCCUCAGCAUAGGGAAGCAUCGUUUCCUCCAAUAUUGCCUUGUAUUGAUGUUGGUCUAAGUUACCCUGAACUUUCCUCACAGGUCCCACUCCACGUCCAGAAAAUGAACCCCACAUUUUAAUGUUUCCACCGCCAUUCACCUGCUUUUUUGUGAAUCUUGGAUUCAUUUCCGCUUUUACUGGACGCCGUACGUAUUGAAUUCCAUCUGAAGAAAUCAAAUUAACCUUGGUCUCGUCAGAGAAUAAUACAUGUUGCCAUUGGGCGUAGGUCCAAUGUCCAUAUUUACGUGCAAACGCCAAACGAGCAUUUCUAUGUUCUUUCUUCAACAACGGUACUUUGCGAGCCACUCUUCCGAACAACUCUGCUUCUACCAGACGUCGUCGAACGGUCCUCGCUGAGACACCAGCUCUUUCGUCUGUCCCAAACACUUCGUGUUUAAUUAAAAUAGAGCCUAGAAACGGAUCUUUCUUAGCUAACCUGGUUAUCAUUAUAUUUUCUUACGGAGUUGUUUUUCUCGAUCUUUUUGUUCUGGGCACAUUUAAAUGUGUGUUAUUGCGUCUGACAUUUAAAUGUUCUGCUAUUCUUCGGUAUGGCCAACCAUGCUCGACAACAAACUUCAUGAUAAUUUUUCGUAGUGUUGGAUCGCAACUUUUAUUUUUACUCAUUUUUCUUAAAAAUAUUUUUCAAAACUUAUAAUAAAUAUCGGGAUUGCCGCCAAAACUACCACGAAACAAUAAGAGAAGAAGUAAAAAAGUAUUGAGAUUCAAAUUUUGAAAAUAGAACGCAAUAUCUCAGUGUCCCUAAUUAAAUGGCCAGCCAGCAUUAUUUGAACAAAUAGCACUACGAUAAUCUAUCAGCUAUACUGUAAAGAGGCUUAAUGUUUAAGAAGUUGUUAUUGUUUGUAUAAUCGGGCACAUAAAUGACUAAUUAUACUUACAUGUAAGAGAUAUGGAAUAUGGUUUAGACUCGUUGGAAAAUAAAAAAUAAAUUCACAAUUCACUUUAACCAAAGAGUGUCACUAAUUAGUUGACCACGACUGUAUAUAAUUAAUUAAUAUUUUUAAAGCAAAUUAUUCUUAAUUCUAUUCUAGAGAAACAAUAUUUAAGGCUUCCCAAUUUUUCAAGCAAGGACCGGACCUAGAUAUACUUAGGAGACUAUACCUUUUCUCUAAUUGUAUUGUUACCAUAGAGUAGAAUGCCUGGUGAAUUUAAAGAUAAACGCUUCAUAAAACAUUCCUAAACAUAAGAUUAUAUCCUCUUUACAUUAAUAAAGUAUAAUGUCAAUUAUUUCGCGGUUAAUGUCACAAUCGUAAAAUGUAUACUAUGUUAUUUUUAAAUUGUACAGUAGGCCUCUUAGCCUCGAUACACGGACCUAAUUUAGCUGAACUACAAGCCGGUGCGUUCAGUAACAGCUUACUCACCUCGUGUAAGCGGCUUUGAAUAAUCAUGAGUGGAAAGUCUGUCGCGAACACUCGCUUUUGCUUUUGAACUUAUUAUGUUAAGUAAACAUUUAACAUGAAGUCGACAUAGUAAUGUAGACACAAAUAAUACAGUAUAAAAUAGCAAUUAUAAUGUUUCAGUAUUACAUAGAAAUAAUUUGUUAAAUUGCAAGAUACGUUUAAAAAUAUUAUAUAAAAGUAUUGUCUUAUAUGUCUUUACGCUGUUUAGAUGUAUUUAAUAAUCAAAUUAAUAUCGCUAUGACUUUUCUAUAAAUCUACACUGUAUAGUCUGUGCUGCGCUAAUGUUGCCAACAAAUAACAAUAUGCUGAAUUAUACAUGAUUUGGUAAAUAUUUAUAAAUUUAUAAUACAUUACAUUUUAUAAGCACUACACUGAAUUUAGUUUUAAAAAUAUAGCUGUUACAGUGUUAUUUGAAGGCUUUUGUGAAAUAUUUAUUUAGAUAGUAAUAGAAAAAAAUAUGUAGAAUAUACUCUCAAACAUUAUUAACGACACUGUUUUAUUCAUAAUUAGACAAGCAUUUAAUCAUAUUUCAUAAACUGCUGAUUCUAGUAUUACGCUGAUCAUCGGCCCUUACACUUAAUCGUUUGUUAAAGGGUCGUUGCGAUCAGCUAUGAUUUAUUUAUAGCAAAAAGUCAAACAAUAGUAUACCAAUUAAAGCCUUUCUUAUAUUUUUUUUCGUUACGUCGUUUUGUAAUUGUUUUCGGCAGUAAUUUUUUUUUUAAUUUUCACGAUCGAAACUACGCGCUGACAUUUCAGCGCCACCUAACAGCUUAAAAUAAAAUCUGCCUUAGUCUAUGGUUACAUUUGUGGUACCAUUUAUGUGUUAUAUUUCUAUCAAACUGUAUAUCGAAAAAUAAACAGAGAUAUAGGUUCGAACAUGUUCUACUAAAUUAACUCAAGACAAUUCUUUACAUUGUUAUUUUAUUUAGUUCCUAUAACAUUCCCAAAAUGAUUUCGAUAAUAAUCAAUACUUAUAAAAUUCUGUUUUAUUAUUACUUCUUAUCCUUAUUAAAUAUACUAUAUUUAAAAUAACAGUAUUAGGUUUCCAAUAGAUAUAAUAUGUGUGUUUUGUAAAAUAGCAUAGAACCAAUCUAGUGAUAAAGCUUUAGUCUUGAACGAAAAACGCUGCGAAUUAAUUAAUUAAUAUAAUCAUACAUAUACUGUGUAUUUUAACUAUAUACCUUGUAUAUAGUCUAAACAUGGCUCAAUUUACUUCCUUCCUAGGUUCUCCAAUACAGCAUAUAAAGUAAAAUUAUUAGUGAGUUACGCUUAACUGAUUACUAGAUAUAAUUGCUUUUGACUUUUCAAUAGAAAUCAAUUAAUUUUUUUAGAUUCAUUUUCUCUAUGAAUAGUAAAACUUUGACCUAGGUCUGUGUUAAGCGCAGGAGUCUGACUUGAAUAGCCAACGAGUAGUUUCACAAAACUAUAAUUUUAAAUAAAAAUAUUUCGUAAAAUAUAUUAUUGUACUAGGAGAAACUUCUAGCGUAAAAUAUUUUCAAAGAACUCAUGCGUUUUCCUUUGAGUGCAACGAGUCUAAAAAAGAAAUUUAUGUUAACGGUUAAUAAAAAAAUAUCUCAAUAUAUUUUUAAGAUCCACUUUUGCAAUAGUUUCAUACCAAAUGUGUUGCAUCUGUUUCUGUAAAUUGUGUUACAUCUGUCCAUGCUUUGUGAA